GACCUGCUGCGCGUGAGCGUGUCACUCAGCAACAACAAUUUAAAAGUGGCUGUGUGUGUUUGUGUGGCGCUCUGUGUGUGUCUCCGCCAUGAUGAGCGCGGAUAAAGCCGAGCUGGGCGACUCUUUACUCGGCUGGUUGCGGACGUUUCAGGUGCCGUCAUGUACGAGUAAACACGACCUCACCAGCGGAGUGGCCAUCGCUCACGUGCUGCACAAAAUAGACCCGUCCUGGUUUAACGAGACGUGGUUGGGGAGGAUAAAGGAGGAGGCCGGCGACAACUGGAGGAUCAGGGUCAGCAACCUAAAGAAGAUUCUCCAGAGCAUGUUGGAAUAUUACCAUGACGUGCUGGGGCAGCAGGUAGCGGAUGAACAUGUUCCAGAUGUUUCUCUCAUUGGGGAGAUGGGGGAUGUGACCGAACUGGGUCGGCUGCUGCAGUUGGUGCUGGGCUGCGCAGUCAGCUGCGAGAAGAAGCAAGAACACAUUCAGCAGAUCAUGACCCUUGAGGAGUCGGUCCAGCAUGUCGUCAUGACUGCCAUCCAAGAGCUGCUGACCAAAGAGCCUGUGGAGUCAGGAAGCCCAGACACAUACGGGGACUUUGAUUAUCAGUCGAGGAAGUAUUAUUUCCUGAGCGAGGAGCUGGACGAGAAGGAUGAUGCGUCUCAGCGCUGCAGAGGGCUCGAACAGCAGCUGUCUAUGCUGAUGGAGGAGAAGUCGUCACUGCAGACGGAGCUCCAGUCGUUAAAGGAGAGACUGAGUCGCUGUGAAUCUCAGGACACCUCGACCACCAUCACAGGAAAAAAGCUGCUGCUUCUUCAGAGCCAGAUUGAGCAACUACAGGAGGAAAACUACAGACUGGACACCAGCCGUGAUGACCUGCGUGUACGGAAUGAAGCUCUGGAGAGAGAAGCGGCCGACCUGCAGCAUCGCAAUGAGGAGCUGACGAGCCUCGCCCAGGAGGCUCAGGCGCUUAAAGAUGAGAUGGACAUCCUUCGGCACUCGUCGGACCGCGUGAGCCGCCUGGAGGCGCUGGUAGAGACGUACAAGCGUAAACUGGAGGAUUUGGGAGACCUGCGCAGGCAGGUGCGUCUGCUGGAGGAAAAGAACACCGUGUACAUGCAGCGUACCUGCGAGCUGGAGGAGGAGCUGCGCAGGGCCAACGCAGGACGCACACAGCUGGACUCCUACAAGAGACAGGUGCACGAGCUUCACUCCAAACACUCCUCAGAGGCCGUGAAGGCUGAGAGAUGGCAGUUUGAGUACAAAAACCUUAACGACAAAUACGAGGCUCUGCUGAAAGAGAAAGAGAGGUUGAUAUCUGAGCGAGACACAUUGAGGGAGACAAAUGAGGAGCUUCGCUGUGUUCAAGUCCAGCAAAAGUGCCUCAGUCAAGCAGGUUCUCUGGGUUCUGACGGUGACACAGUGGGAAACCUGGCAUCGGAGAUCAUGCCCACAGAGUUUAAGGAGACGGUGGUGCGGCUUCAGAACGAGAAUAAGAUGCUGUGUGUUCAGGAAGACUCGUACAGACAGAGACUCUGCAAGGUGCAGGCCCAGCUUGAGGAGGCGCAGCGCAGCCAGAACACACUCGAGACCCAGAACAGGUUGAGUCAGCAGCAGAUAGCCGAGCUGCGUUCUCAGGUCGAAGACCUACAGAAAGCUCUACAGGAGCAGGACAGCAAAUCCGAGGAUUCAUCUCUGCUGAAGAAGAAACUAGAGGAGCAUCUAGAAAAGCUGCAUGAAGCCCACUCCGAUCUGCAGAAGAAACGUGAAGUGAUCGAUGAUCUCGAGCCCGGCAUGGACAGCAACAUGGCGAAGAAGAUUGAUGAACUGCAGACAAUUCUGAGAAAGAAGGAUGAGGACAUGAGGCAGAUGGAAGAGAGAUACAAGCGCUACAUGGAAAAAGCUCGGACGGUGAUAAAGACUCUGGAACCGAAGCAGAAGCCCAACUCUGUUGCUCCUGAGGUUCAGGCUCUGAAGAACCAGCUCUCAGAGAGAGACAGGAGAAUCCAACAUCUGGAGCAUGAUUUUGAGAAGAGCCGAUCCAGACAUGAUCAGGAGGAGAAGCUCAUAAUCAGCGCCUGGUACAACAUGGGAAUGGCUCUCCAUCAGAAGGUGGCGAGUGAGCGCUCUGGUGUUCCUGUUCACGCUCAGUCCUUCCUUGCACAGCAGAGGCAGUUCACACAGGCACGGAGAGGCCUGGGCACUCGCCUCCAGCCCAGAUAACACUAACGCCAGUUUAAUCAGCCAGUGUGUGACUCCUGCCUUAAACUCUCCUCUCGCUGCUCUGCUGUGAGACACUUCCUGUUCCUCCGCAAGCUGUGACCCGACAUGCUGCUGACUGACUGCUGGAGUUCAUCUCUCUUUUAUUUUUAACCCUUUUGCUGUGUGGAGAACCCAGAGCUCCUUCACCUCAUCUUAAAGAUGGAUGUGAGCGAGGAAAGGGGGAAUGUUGUCAUCUGUCCUUUCCUCUCUCCUUUCAUGUAAUAAGAUAAACAGGGUUCAGUUUAAAAGCGCUUUCAUCUUCCACAGCGAUUAAACACAAAGUCGAAUCUUUCGAUCUGCAAAGUAAAUGUUUCUGAAACUGCUCGGCCUCCUGAUCAGUUGGGAAUCGAAGAGUUUUUGUUGUUGAUGCGCUUUACUACUUUUCACUUUCUAUUUCUAGAUAUUAAGCCGAGUAGUGUUGAUAAUGUUAAUGAUGAAGGAUGUGGCUGAUGAUGAUUUUACAUUUGCUUGCAUGACUUUGGUCUGAGAUUUGAUUAACAUUUUCCUCUAGUUUUUUUUUUAUCUCUUUUUAACUAAUUGCUAUUGUGAUUUUAUUUUUUAUGACUAACACUAAUUCCUCUUUUAAAAAAAAAAAACGAAUCUCCGUUUAUCACCUUCUCAAAGGUGAAACUGUGUAUCCGGUGAUGAAGUGUCUUUACUUGAGUUGAAUGUGCUGCUGUUAUUGAGAGGGUUUGACCGGGACACUGUGAGAGUGAACACAGCUCGGUGUCUUUGUCUCCGUGACCGUUCUUCCCUGAGAGAGCUCACUAGUCCACUGAUGGACAAUGUGUAGCUGGGCUUUGGCACAUGGAUGAUAAAAUAGCACGGCGACAUUCUAUCGCUCCACGUUUCAAUCACGGAACACGCCUCGUUUAUAAAAACACACACCGGUGAACUUGUGUUCAUGUGACCAGGACUAAUGGCUUAUUGUUGGAGCAUAUAAACGUCAUGAUUUAUCAGAACACAAAUGGAGCACUGGAGCUUCAGAGCAACAAUCAAAGAACAUAAAUGGUGGCGUUGCAGAGCAAGACCUUUCUUCAGCUCUAAUGCGUAGUUCCUCAACUUAAAUAAAACUCACUUUCUGUUCCAGGGCGUGAAUUACAAAUGGGAAGUGCAGAGGUGGGCGAUAUGACAGUGUUAUUAAUAUCACGAUGAACGACAUGAGGGUUCUGAGAGUGCUGGUGGUCCAUCUGCGACACACACCAUAACACACUGUCGCUGAUUGGAUGAUCCUUCCUCUUGUUCCGUGUGAAAUACUUUUUUUUUUUUUUUUUAAAUAUUUAAUUUAGUGUAUCGUGUGAAAAGUAUUGUGAUGUUCUCGUGUUGCUGUAUCGCCCGUCCCUGCAUGACUCCUCACCUUUCACGCUGAUCAGAGUCCGACGAGCCAAGCGUCAGGAAGCGUGUAUCAUUUUUCCAGCUGUUCAGAUUCUAUCCGAGUGAAGCUGCCGUGAUCCGUGUGGACCUCAGAGGGAUGAAAUGACGUCACAUCCGCCGCUGCCGUGUCACAAAGCCGAAGAGUUUAUUCAUUUCAAAGCCUUCUGGAGUUUCUUUUUAACUGAUGAACCUCCAAAAUGUUGAUGCGGCGUGUAAUCCUUGGGACGAGAUCCGAGAAAACACAAAUCCUAAAGCAAGUGCCGUCACUGUCCAACCGCUGGGGAUGAGUCAAAAAUGUAUUUAUUUUUUCCUCCUGCAAAUAUUAAAUCAUGUCCUAUGAACUGAAACGAAACAGUUUUGAGUCCGAUACGUGCAUUUAUAAUGAACUGAGAAGGAGCUGCUCUGACGUGCUGUUUGGUGAGAAAUGUGAUGAACACGAUGUUCACUAAACUGCAGUGAAGCACCAACUGAGCAAAACUCACUACAUUUACGGAUAACUGGAGAUUUUGGUUUUAGGGUGGAGAUUUUUUUCCCCCACAAAUAUCUCAGCUGAGUGACUCUUUAGCUCAGACAAGCUACUAUGGAAUUUUUGCUAUUUUAAGUGAUGAGUACCAAAGUAUGCUGCUUUUUCUCCUUUUUCUAAAAGCUGUGAAUGAAGGUACAUCAUACUGACACGAUGUUUAGAUUUAACACUAAAUAACUGUUUUCUGGUUCCAAAGUGCUUGAAGGAGAAAAUGCAAUGUGGCUCGAGCUGAAUGAGUGACCUGUUAGCUUCCGUUCACUAGGAGUGUGUGUGUGUGUGUGUGUGUGUGUUUUAGAGCUGUAAGAUCUUUUAAUGAAACACUGCUGUACAAUGUGUUGUGUGUGUGUUUUUACACUGGACACUUGUUUCAUACUGAGGUGUGUUGAUUCUAUUUGUGUUUAUUAUUUUGGUGUGUGUUAUGAAUGUACCGGGGAGGGGGUGAUGGGUCAACACUCAGAUUGUACACCACAUUUAAUAUUCAGCGUUUUUGUCCUGCAAUAAAAAUGUGAUGGACAGACGGUUCCAGAAAACAGAA